AUGAGGCUCUCCUUCGUCUUCCUCCCACCACUACUACUCUCCCCGGUGCUCGCUACUGGUCCUAUUCCUGUCUCUCGAAGUGGUCUGGCCGGUAUCUCCGGUUUUACCUUCUACAACCCUUACUGCGGCCAUGGCUGUUUCCGCUCCUUCUCGCCUUACACACUAUCCUGCUCCGCCGAUGUUAGUCCCGGAGGCCAUACCACUGCCGCCGACGCAGCGCAUAAUCUGGCCGUAUGCCGGGCUUCCAAUUUCCCCUACUUGAGCAGUAUCGCUUGGUGCAUGCACCUGUAUUGUCCGGAUAGCGUGCAAGCCUCGACUAUUGAGAAGUUCUGGGAGACACAGAUUACGGGAGAUGUAAAAGUUGUUCCGAAAUGGAGCUAUGGAGAGGUUCUGGCAAAUGUCACUGAGCCGACUAUGAUGGCAGGAUCGAUGGACAUGGGUAUGGAGUCAAACAACGAGUUAAACAUGACGAUGCUGACGACGUAUGAAACCUGGGAGGCAACCUGGGAGACUUUGUACUACUUUUUCCGCGAGACAGCUCUGGAAUCAUACUAUGGACUAUCUCUUUGUCUCGCCGCCUUUGCCCUACCUAUUGUAUUGACAUGGCUGCGCUACCCUCCCCAUCUAGCCACCGUGCUGGCACGACUGAAACCCUACCUCUCUCGCAGCCUCAUCGGCACCUACCACAACCGACCUCUCCCCUUCCUUAUCGGAAACGUGCCUACAGUCGGCCAGACCUUCUACAUCACGACACUCUUUAUUCUCAACAUCGUCUUCCUGACAACCGGCUACAAAACGCUCUGGCCCCAACGCAAGAUGCAAUGGUACGAGAAUCGCUAUCAAGAACUCCUAGCCUACUUCAUGUGGCGUACCGGCGUCCUCGCCUUCGCACACAUGCCCGUCCUCUUCCUUUUCUCGAGCAGGAACAAUGUCUUGCUGUGGCUGACAAACUGGUCGCACUCGACAUACCUCUUACUGCAUCGGUGGAUCGCUCGAUUCUUCCUCUUGCAGACGCUGCUUCAUUCAAUCAUUGCGCUGGUCUUGUACCAGAAUACCGGAGCCUAUGCCACGUCCUUGCCAUUGCUGUGGUGGAUCUGGGGCUGCGUUGCCACUAUCGCGGCCGUCAUCAUCGUGCUCACCAGCGUGCUAGUUAUGCGUCAGCGAGCGUACGAGCUCUUCCUUGUCACACACAUUGUCAUGGCUGUUAUUUGUGUGGUAGGAUGUUGGUACCAUGUCUGGUUCGGAUACGAGAAUUGCUUCGGCUACGAGAGCUGGCUGUACGCUACGAUCGCCGUAUGGUUCUCCGAUCGGCUCGCGAGAGUGGCGCGCGUCUUGCAUAUAGGUUUGAGACGUGCUGAUGUGAGUGAUGUCGGAUCUACGAUCGUCCGCGUAGAUAUCCCAGGCAUCCGCUGGUCCGCGCCAGGAACAUGUGUUUACGUGUAUUUUCCGACGCUCCACCCUCUACGACCGUGGGAGAAUCAUCCUUUCUCCGUCAUUCCAACCGCGAUGCUCCACAGGCCACCUUCAACAGGCCAACCUCGCUCGGAGUCAAUGGAUGUAGAGAAACAGCCCAGCUUGAAAAUCAGUGGCUCCCCUACAUCGAAUGCUGUCUCCUACACCAAUUCAGGUCUCACACUAUUCAUCCGAAAGAGUACAGGGAUGACCAAGGCUCUCAAAGAGCACAAAACACUCCUCACGCUCAUAGAAGGCCCGUAUCCCACCCAUCCCACCGUCUCAGCCCUAAGAAGCGACCGGCUGCUUCUGAUUGGAGGCGGAAUAGGCAUCACAGGUCUUCUUCCCUUCCUUCAAUGUCACCCAAACACACAACUCUUCUACACAGUGAAGACAGCAGAUCAGGGUUUGUUAGAUCAUCUAAAUACCUUGCUAGACCAGCAUCCAGAAAAGGAGAUUCGCGUUGGGGAAAGGCUGGACGUCGAAGCUUUGUUGCGGCUUGAGGCUGACAAAGGUUAUAAGAAGAUUGCGGUCAUAGUUUGUGGGCCGGUGGGCAUGUGUGAUGAUGUUAGAGGUGUUGUGGCGAGGAUUGGGAUGGAGAAAGUUGGGGUUUGUGAGAUCGAAGCGGAGGUUAGUGUGUUCUCAUGGUGA